CGCGCGCGCGCGCUCCGGUGCCGUUCAGAGCGCGCGACGGGCUUGUCCGGAGAGCUGCCGUUCCUCCGCGCGCUGGAGCCGCCAUGCUCUCUCUCUGCACCGGGACCGUGUGGCUCGCGACGCUUACUGCAGCCGUUUGGGCGAGUUUGCACCCAGAGUGUGAGUAUAUAUUCCAGUUGGAACGAGAAGAGCAGCUCUGUCUGAGAGGAAUCGCUGAACAUGAAAACCUCAGCACUUCAGGGCAGACAGGCUGCCUCCCAGCAUGGGACUCUGUGGUGUGUUGGCCCAGAGCAGCAGUUGGAGAAAUCGUACAGUCCCCCUGUCCUGCUGUGUUCUCUCUCUUUAGCAACCACACAGGUACAGUGAGUCGUAACUGCACCAGUUUGGGCUGGUCGCACCCGUUCCCUCCCUACCAUGAGGCCUGCAGCAUCGAUGACGACAUCCCAGAGGAAUCGUACUUCACCACGGUGAGACUGAUCUACUCCAUCGGCUACGGAGCUUCUCUCAUCUCCCUGUCCGUGGCGGUGGUAGUUCUACUGAUCUUCAGGAGGCUGCACUGUGCAAGAAACUACAUCCACAUCCAGUUGUUCAUCAGCUUCAUCCUCAAAGCAGUGUCUGUGUUCAUUAAGGAUGCUACACUCUUUGGCAGUGAAGAUACCGACCACUGUUCCCUCUCUACUGCAGGCUGUAAGGCGUCUGUCGUGUUCUGUCAUUACUGUGUGAUGAGUAAUUUCUCCUGGCUGCUGGUGGAGGCGGUGUAUCUCAACUCACUGCUGCUCUCUGCUCGCAGUCGCCGCUGUCUCUGGGGCUUCUCUCUGCUGGGCUGGGGGGUUCCUCUGGUUUUUAUCCUCCUCUGGAUCAUCUCCCGGGUGUAUUUUGAGGACACAGAAUGCUGGGACAUUAAUGAAGAUUCCCCUUACUGGUGGAUAAUCAAGGGUCCGAUUGUCGUAUCCAUAGGGAUCAACUUCCUGUUGUUCCUGAAUAUCAUUAGGAUACUGGUGCAGAAGUUGAACCCGCGUCUAAUCCAGUUCAACAACUCGGCACAGUAUAGACGCCUGACCAAGUCCACGCUUCUCCUCAUCCCCCUGUUUGGGACCCAUUACGUGGUGUUUAACUUCCUGCCGGACUACACUAACAUCAGCCUGCGUCUCUGUUUAGAGCUGUGCCUCGGCUCAUUUCAGGGCCUCAUGGUAGCAAUUCUGUACUGUUUCCUCAACCAAGAGGUCCAGAAGGAGGUGCGACUGAUGUGGAUGCGCUGGCAGGAGAGCAGUUACGGAGUCGUUAUCGCCGGAGCCAAAGGCAGUCAGAUGGAUACGCCAUUCUGAUUCGGUGUCCAUGUUCGACACACAAGAGACUCUGGGGUUUAUUUUUUCCCUUUAUCUGCUUUCUUUGCCCACAGCAAGACAGCAAGACUGUGAUGGUUGGCUCCUGUUGUCAAAUGAUUGCUUUGCUGUAGUGAUUCAGGCCUCGUGUGGGACUCGCUUUUAGUUCAGAAGCUGUGAACCUGUGACGCUGUGAUGCAAAACAACUGGAGCAGAAGUCAAAAGAAAAACACAUAUGACAAUGCCUGGUUAAAAACAAUGUCUGACCAUUUCUGAAAACUGCAAAUAGCUAUUGUUGCUAGCUUGUAGCUAAAAAUUAUGUUAAUUUUCAUGUUGCCUACUCUUAUUUUUUAACGCAAAAUGAUAAGUAAGCUGGUCAGCUGUUGAUAAAAUAGUACUGUGGAAAGCUUUAUGUGAAAUGUUAUUAUAAUCAUGGCAAGUUCUAAUCUUCAGUCCUCAACGUUAGCAUUUCUGUCCAUCUGUUACUCUUGAAGAUUUCACUACAUCUUUCUUGAGUGCUUUUCAUUUUUUUAAAGGAGCUGUUUGUUAUUUUUUUGUUGCCUUUGAUGUGAAACGCAAUUCCAGUGAAAGCAAGAUUUCAUCUUACCCCAAACUCCCAAUCCAGCAUUUUCAUCUACCACCAAACGCUUUGUUGAAACUUUGUUUCCUUUGUGAGUUGGAAUUUGAGAAUAAGACACAGAGCUGUGCAUCUCACUUCUGGAUGGGGGUGGAGCUAAUUUCUGGGCUGUAAAAUUUUAAACAGAAACCUGAAAUGAACCAGAUUAGAUCAGAGUAGAACAACUACUGCAGAGUAAUACUGCAAAUCUCAGUUUUUCUAAUAUAUCAUUGACGUUAUAAGAUUAUUCUAGAUUUCGAAACACAUUUAAAAAUGACAAACGACACCUUUAAUUAUUGCAUUCUAGCACAAAUUAGCACACAUAUAAACGGAAUCAUUCUUUAAUCAAUCCUUGAACGGACCACUUGCAAUGAAAGGCAAAGCUGAUUUACGCCCCAGAAUUACUAAAACUCUAGACUAGGUUGUGGCAUUUAAAGACUGUGAGUGGGUUUGUGCAUUUUCUCUAACGGACACUACAAGGGACACGUGUUCUUAGUGCACAACAAUAAGUCAAUUGUCACAAAAUGUUAUUGUUAAUUAUAUGUUAAUUCUUCUGAGCGUCCCCCAAAACACUACAGCAUUGUCAUGAUUUUCCAAACAGAUCCUUUAAAAAUGUGCAAGCUCACUUCUCUGAUUUAAAAGGUAGUAAGUUUAGAUGUUUUGAGGCAGAAAGCAGCAUAUGAUUUUAUGGCUUUGUGCUUUUGUUUUAAAGACAGAUUAGGACAGGUCCUAAGUGGUAACUAAUAACUGAUAAUUUCAGAGCAGAUUUUUUAAGAGUAGGUAUUGGUCCUGCUUUGAGAGAGAUAGUCAUUUUGGAAUCUGAGCCACGCUUUAUAGGAAUCACCAUGGCAGUGUGUUUUGAGGCAGAAAGCAGGAUGCUUCAGGAAAGACGGCAAAUGGCAGCACUUGUUAGAAAAGACUGCGCUUAUUUUGAGGUAGACACUGGAAAUAAAAGACCAUUUCGACAAUUAUUUUGACCAUUCGGUCUCUUUACUGAUGCUCAGAUGUUCAGAAAAGUCAGUAAAUUAACAGUAAAUAUUUUUCACUACAGUUGUAGAGAAUUUAUUAGAAGUGUAAACCUCAGACUUCCACACAAUAUGAUACAAUUUUGAUUCUUAAGGCAAUGAUUCGAUAUUUGAACACUGAAUCUGCGAUGAUAUGAUUCGAAGUGGUAUCCUCCCAACUUUGUUCAGAAUCUGGGGUACGCUUACCUUUAAUUCUCAAAUGAUGAUGACAGAGAAGGACUAUUUUAAGUAUCAGAGUACAAGUAUAUCACAUUGCUAGCCGAUUUAGACAAUUAUGAAUUAUUUUUAUACACCAGUUGUCUCUCUGUUUGUGAUAAUAAUCUGUUUAGAAUCAAUUUUAUAAUCCACUGACAUACGGUAAAUGAUAUUGUGGUGAAAUUGUUAGAAAUGUUUUCUUUAGGGAAAAGAAAAUGAAAUUAGGAAAAAUUAAGAAAGUCUGUUGUCAUUUUCAGCACUAUGUUGUUGCCCACUUUUGUCCUUAUUUCCCUCUGCUCUUUCCUGUAUUAAACAUAUUUAUAUUUUGCUCAUAGUAAUGAACAAAAGCAUACUUUUUGUCUUUCUUUGUCUUUUAUAGUUUUUCGAUGUGUAUAUUUGUUAUUGAUGUUUACUGCCUGCUGAACACAUCAGUUGAGGUGAAAGAAAGAAAGAAAGAAGUAUAUAAAACAUUUUUAUGCUAACUGU